GCCCGAGGAGCAACCAACUCGGCCCGGGUUACUGGUGGAUCCACUUCAGAUUCCAGCCAAAUACAGAGCCGCAGCGCACUUCUCAUUUCAGAUUCCAGAGAGAGAGAGAUGGGGGUGCUGGAGAGUGCGGCAGCGCCAUAUAUGGGCAUGGUACUAGCAACAACUGCUCAAGUAGGCCUAAUAUUAAUCAGUAAACAAGCAAUGGCGAAUGGGAUGACAAACUACAUAUUUGUUGCCUAUUCCAAUUUACUUGCCUCCGUUAUCCUCCUCCCUUUGGCUCUUCUCAUCCACCGGUCGAACAGGCCUCCACUCACUUUCUCACUCAUUUGUGGGUUUUUCUCUCUAGGUGUACUUGGGUGCUUGGCGCAGCUGACGGGCUAUACUGGAAUCAAUUACACCAAUGCAGAAUUUGCAUCGGCAAUGCUUAAUCUCAUUCCAGGAUUUACUUUUAUACUUGCCCUCAUUUUCGGGAUGGAAAAGCUAGCUUGUAGAAGAGCAAGUUUUCAGGCAAAAACUAUUGGAACUGUAGUUUCAAUUGUUGGAGCCUUCAUUGUAACUCUCUACAAAGGCCCCCAAAUUCUGACUUCCCAAUCAGCUUCUAGAUUGCUCGAUAAUUUUAUUCGAACACCACAAUCAAGUUGGAUUCUUGGAGGAUUAUUCCUUGCAGUAGACUGUGCAGUGUCUUCAGGCUAUAUAAUUGUACAGGCUUUGAUUCUUAAGAAAUACCCAGCAGAGCUGAUUAUAGUCUUCUUUUACUGCUUAUUUGCCGCCAUUUUAUCUACAGUGGUCUCUCUGAUUGUUGAUAGAGACCUUAGUGCUUGGAGUCUGCAACCCAAUAUCAGAUUGAUUGCAGUUCUUUACUCGGUAGGUGCAUAGACCAUCUGUUUUUCAUUUU